AUGUUUAGUAAAACUUCAUACCAAGCUGUGCCUCAUCAAAAGAUGCCGAGCUCGAGCGCUGACCCGUUUCGCGCUAUCUUUUUACAGAUGGUAGACGCGGCCAUCAAAAAAACUCCAGAUGCGGACUCCCUCACGGAGCUUCUCCGCAUUACCAGCCCGGAGUUUUCAGCGGAAAAAGCAGGCAACCAGGCCGCUGUCAAAAAAGCCGUCAAAGCCCUGCAGCUGCGACUCCACCCUGACAAACAUGAUGGCGACAAGAAGGCGACUGAGCUCUUCCAACAACUAGAAAGGUUUUGUGCAGCCGCGGAGAAAGCCGCGAAAGCGGGGCCGGCAAAAAAGAGGAGGACAAGCGCGGUGGCAUCGGCGUUCCCGAAGCGUUUUCAUUGCUUCGAGAACUGGAAUGCUCUAGGCGAAGACGAGGUCCCGACGCUAGUACCGACCGGAUUCCAAUCGAGCGAAGUGGCUUUGAAUUAUGGACUUGAACUAAUCUUUUUGUCGGCACUUAUUUCAGUUGGCCUUCACGCUCUCGGGGGGAUGGGUGGACAUAGAGACUUGGUCAUACAUGGUCAAGGUGCGUGUCUAAGACCUCUAAUCAAAAGUGAACUGCGCGAACCUACGUGGGCAAAUCGCUCAUAAUCGCGAGCUAUCGGACGACCAAAUCUUUUCGACAGGGAACAAGUUCACUGGCGAGGUGGUCACGCUGCAGUCUCCGAGCCCUGAGAUGAUCAAAACAAAACUCAUGAAGGGAGGCCCAGUCGUCAGCGAGAGCUUUUCUCCGUCGCGCGAGUGGCUGUCUUCCAAUAAGGUAGACAUGUUCACGGCGGACAACAACUCGGAACGCAAAGAAACGUUUCCGGUCAUCAUCGUAGGAUGGGAGGAGGGCCGGAAAGGCCGGAGCGAAUGGGUGGUCUACGUGCGGGAGACCGGCAGUCAGGAAUGCAAGGACGUCCAGGUCGCGUUCGCGUCUAAAAGCAUCGAGAAUCGGAUCUCGCUAGUACCUCAGGAAGCACUCGAGGACAUCAAGUGGCGAGCCGAGGAGCCAUACUUCGAGCUGGCGGAGGCCGGCAAGAAGUGGUACCAUGACUCCGCCUGGUCUGUGAGCGUCGAUCCCUCCAAGGAUGCGAAGAAACUGCACGAGCUGUUAUCCAUCUUCGCCGUGCCCGAAGAUGCGGAUGAAGAAGGCGACGACGAUGAAGAAAAGAAGCCCACGGGGAUGUAUGCAGCAAUCGAAAACGAGAAAGAAAUCCAAGUACAUGCACCAGGAAAGAGGAGCCGCAGUAGAUCUGCUAUCCUCAGCGAGUUCAUCUACGAACCGAAGACGAAAAGAGUGAAGUUUCUUCUUACGCCGGUCGAGGAAGAGUGAUUAGGCCUUUUUAAUCAGAACCGAUCUUUUUUAUCGCACAGAAACCAUAACAAAACCUAGAACUUAUUGUCAACUCCACGGAUGUUCUUUGUAAGCUCGGUAUUACAUGCACAAGUAUACGAACUUAUGAUGACUGACUAGGAUCUUCUCACUUUCCUCGUUACAUUCUAGACACGACAGCACUAGAAUUCCUAAUCGCUUGUAAAGACUGGUGAUUGAAGAUGCUGUUUAUCGUAUCCUCAAAUCAAAGAUGACGAAGCUGAACUCUGCUCAACAAAAGAGAUGUUUUACUGUGCGAGCUUGGAUAUUAUGGACAAUUGUUUUGAUUUUCAAUGAACGCUAACUCCGGCAAGUUCUACAAUAAGAUGAAUGCUGAGUAGCUAUUCUUCAGAUCGCAAUGUGAAAACGAAAGAGAACGUUACAAAUUACCCCGACUUACUCGUCGAUGGUUUAGAGCCAGAUACAAAUAUGCUUUUGAGGACAACAGCUCUUGAACACUUCCGAGAU